CUCGGUAGCUGUCGGAGAGGGGCAUUUGUGCGAACUGUGGUCGGCGGCGCGUACUGCGCUCGACUCGAUCGCCACAUUCGAAAAUAUCGUGCUGUCUCCAUCGGCAUCGCGCUGGCCAGUUCUAUCUCGCCCAACCGGUCCGUUGCAAGUCGCGAUGGCGGCACCGGAGAGCAGCAGCAACCCAAUACCAAUCCCAAACGCCGAAGGCAUAAACAGCAACAACAACAACAACAAGUGGGAGGGAGCAUCAACGGACAGCGAGACAGUCAUGACGCCAGAUAUGAGCGGCACACCCCCUGAUGACGGUUCGCUGCACGAGCAGGCCGUCGAGACGCCCACGCUGGGGCCCACGGUGCCCAAGAGCCCCCGGCUCUCGCGAAACCCGUCCUUCUCCGGAAGCAGUUCGUACCAAGAGGACUGGGACCCGUUCCCGCCAUUGGACCGGCUUACGGUGCUCGACAUCCUUGAUAAUUUCACGCUGUCACACCAGCUCGAGAAGCUGCAGAAGGGUAUUUCGGCGCAGACCGAGAAGGUGCGCAAGUCACGCCAGGCCUUCGGCAACCGGAGCCGCAUGGCACGCGAGCGCAUGGUGGACGAGUGGCGGCGUCGCGUGCCCUCGGCAGAGGAGCAGCUGGAGCGCUAUCGCAAGCGGAUGCGAGCGAGCGUCGAGAAGCUCGGCGCGCGGUGGAACGACACCAAGGCCAUCUCGCUGCGCGAGAAGAUCUCCUUCAUCUUCGGCGUCAUGAACAUCUUCGUCAGCGGCUACCUGAUCGGCGGCUAUGCCGAGUGGUUCCACCUCUGGUACACCGGCCAGGUGCUGUAUUUCAUGCCCAUCCGCUUCUACACCUACCACAAGCGCGGCUACCACUACUUCCUUGCCGACCUCUGCUACUUCGUUAAUUUCCUGCUCAUACUCAGCAUCUGGGCCUUCCCCUCCUCCAAGCGCCUCUUCACCGCCGUCUACUGCCUCGCCUACGGCAACAAUGCCGUCGCCAUCAUCAUGUGGCGCAACUCCCUGGUCUUCCACUCGUUCGACAAGGUCACCUCACUCUUUAUCCACAUUAUGCCGUGCGCAACCCUGCACUGCAUCGUCCAUCUGGUCGACCCGGCCCUCCAGGCCAAACGCUUCCCGGCCAUCUGGACCAUCAAGAACUCGCCGCCGGGCUCCGCCACCGCCUACGCCAACGUCCUCUCGAUGCUAGCCUGGUCGACCAUCCCGUACGCCUUCUGGCAGCUGUGCUACUACUUCUUCAUAUCCGUGCGCCGCCGCGAGAAGAUCGCCGCCGGCCGCCCCACCUCCUUCACCUGGCUGCGCAGGUCCUACAGCAAGAUCUGGAUCGGCAAGAUCGUGCUGGCCCUGCCCGAGCCCCUGCAGGAGCCCGCCUUCAUGCUGAUCCAGUACAUCUACGCCGUGCUGACCAUGCUGCCCUGCCCGCUGUGGUUCUUCAGCCGCUGGGCCUCGGCCGCCUUCCUCCUGCUCGUCUUCGCCUGGUCCGUCUACAACGGCAGCACCUACUACAUCGACGUCUUCGGCAACCGCUUCCAGAAGGAACUCGAGGCCAUGAAGGCCGAGGUUGCCAAGUGGCAGAACAGCUCGGACGGCCCGGCCGCCGGCGUGCAAAGCCCGCCGCUCGCGCCGCGUGAGGAUGGCACCGCCGCCGCCCUUGCCGCUGCUGCUACACCUGCUGCGCCUGGCGCGAUGGCGACGACCGCCUCUCCCGCCGCCGCCGCCGCCCGCAGUAGUCUUGCCGACGCCAUCUCGGGCAAGGCGCUGGAUGACCGCGGCACGAGCGGCUUCGCCGCCGUCGAUAACAUCCCGCUGCUGAACGACGAGCGGCCGGCGGCCGUGAUCGCGACCGGGGCGGAUAUGGACGUCGGGGCGAGGGAUGUGGCGAGGGAGCGGAAGACCGGGAGCGGCAGCGGGAGUGCGGGGCAGUCUUUGUCAUGAUGAUGAUGACGGUUGUUUUCCCUCCCUGUUAAUGAUGACCCUGAACAUACCUUGGAUAGUCGACCUGUCUUUUCCGCAGCUGGCUUCUGCCUUGUGCUGGAUUGUGGGGAUUCACUCAAUCGGACCUGAUUUCGGCGGCGCUGGAUAAUAGAAGGUGUUUGAUGG